AGUUAUCUGGGUGAAAGGUCUUCAUUCUAAACGCAGACUUGCUAAACUAGAGGAAAGGCUAACCCACCACUACAGUGGAUACAGCUGACCUUCGUGGACUUCAACUGAAACACCAUGUCGCUCCUGAGAGGUGUUUUCAUCGUGUCUGCAAAGCGCACCCCUUUUGGGACGUAUGGGGGUGUGCUGAAGGACCACAGUGCCACUGAUCUGGCUGAACAUGCAGCCAAAGCUGCCCUGGUUGCUGGGAACGUCGCCCCAGAGCUUGUCAACAGCGUCAUCAUAGGAAAUGUCAUGCAGAGCUCAGCAGAUGCUCCCUAUAUUGCACGGCACGUGGGUCUGCGCUGUGGGGUGCCCAUUCCAGCGCCUGCACUCACAGUCAACCGGCUGUGUGGCUCUGGCUUCCAGUCCAUCAUUAAUGGAACUCAGGAGAUCUGUCUGAAGGAGUCUGAGGUGGUUCUAUGUGGUGGUUCCGAGAGCAUGAGCCAGGCCCCCUACGCUGUCAGGAACAUCCGCUUUGGAACCAGAUUUGGUUUUGACCUCAAGCUGGAAGACACACUGUGGGCAGGGCUGACAGAUCUCCAUAUUAAAAUCCCAAUGGGCAUCACCGCAGAGAACCUGGCAGAGAAGUACGAGAUCACCAGAGAGGAAUGUGACAAUUACGCCUACCAGACCCAGCAGAGGUGGAAGGCAGCCCAUGAGGCAGGCCACUACACUGCUGAGAUUGCCCCCAUCGAGGUGAAGGCCAAGAAGGGGAAGGUGGCCAUGGCUCAGGAUGAGCAUCCCCGGCCCCAGACUACCCUGGAGCAGAUGGCCAAGCUGGCCCCCGUCUUCAAGAAGGGGGGCACCGUCACGGCUGCCAACGCAUCGGGCGUGUCUGAUGGUGCUGCUGCUGUGGUGAUAGCCAGUGAAGAGGCAGUGAAGGCGCACAACCUCAAGCCAUUGGCCAGGAUUGUUGCCUAUCACGCUUCAGGCUGUGACCCCAGCAUCAUGGGAAUUGGGCCAGUGCCAGCUAUCACAGAGGCUCUGAAGAAAGCAGGGCUUACUUUGAAGGACAUGGAUCUAGUGGAGGUGAACGAGGCCUUUGCUCCUCAGUACCUGUCUGUUGCCAAAGCGCUGGGGUUGGACCCUGAGAAGAGCAACGUGAAUGGAGGAGCCAUCGCCAUCGGACACCCCCUCGGGGCAUCAGGAGCACGCAUCACAGCCCACCUGGUGCAUGAGCUCAGGCGGCGAGGAGGAAAGUACGCUGUGGGCUCCGCCUGCAUUGGUGGCGGCCAAGGCAUCGCCAUCAUCUUGGAGAACACCCAGUGAAGAUGAAAACUUCAUCCCACACACACACACACACACACACACACUCAAACACGCACUCAGAACAACUUUAAUCGGGAAGACGUUUCGAUUAAACACAAGCACUCACAAACACAGGGCAGUAUUUCUGAAAUCAGCCUACGCAUGAGGUAGACUCAACAAAAAGCAUAAAGGACAAACAAAUGAUCUGAGCUGUGGGUUGCAUUGACUUGACUGCAGGGGUAAUAUUUAUGGGACUGUUGGUGGCUGUGUGUGUGCUCCUAUAGUGUGCCUGUUACUCACUCAGGUCUUGGCAGGACAGGAGAGGAGAGUGUACUGCAUUGUGUUGAAGGUGCCUUGCAGACAUCAAGAGCUUUUAGUCCUUUUGUGUACUAGUGCUGUAGAUGCUGGUGUUACACAAUGCAGGUUACACAACGUCGUGUCUUUAUUGUAGCAUUUUGUUGCCUCCUAAUUGCAUUAUGUAACACCCAUUCAGCUACUCCCUAAGCCUUCAGCUGACUGGUAGUCUCUCUCUCUUUCUCUCUCUCUCACCAUGUGUCUUCACUCCCAUUGAUCCACUCGGUGGAAGAAUACACUCUAUACCUGACAGACUGUGACUGUUUAUUCAUGUUUUGUAAGGAAUCGAUGAUCAAUAAAGUUUGUGUAAACAUA